UCGGGGCUCCUGCGAAAGGCAGCGCGUUCCCCGCCGCGGCGGGAGGAAUGCGGAACCAGCCCCGUGCAAAGAGCUGCGGCUGCUGCUGCCCGGGCUGGAGGCUGCUCAGAGCCCAGUGAGGAGGAUGGGGAAGCGGGAGCCCUAAGCGCCCUGCUGCCGCCCAGGGGGUCCGCCUUGCCCGUCUGAGCCGGGGCCAGAUGAAGCAGCCCCCGGCGGCGAGGUAGCCUCUCCAGCGCCCCCAGCCCAGCCCCAUGAAGCUCAUCUAGCAGAGGAGGAGGAGAGAAGCCGGAGCCGAGCCCUUCUCACUCGCACCGUCCCCAUGGCGAAGGAGAAGCCCAGGAAGGCUUUGCAGGAGCUGCUCCAGAGACCAGGCAACCAGCUGUGCGCGGACUGCUCCGCACCCGAUCCAGACUGGGCAUCGCAUACCCUAGGAGUGUUUAUCUGUUUAAAUUGUUCAGGAAUCCAUCGCAAUAUCCCACAAGUCAGCAAAGUGAAAUCAGUCCGUUUAGAUCCGUGGGAUGAUGUUCAAGUUGAGUUUAUGGCCGCAAAUGGAAACAAUGUAGCAAAAGCAAGAUAUGAAUCUAAAAUACCACCAUUUUAUUACAAGCCAACAUUUCCUGACUGUCAACUGCUACGAGAACAGUGGAUCAGAGCCAAAUAUGAAAGAAAAGAAUUCAUUUACACUGAGAAGCAAGAGCCUUAUUCUGCAGGGUACAGAGAAGGACUUCUCUGGAAGAGAGGACGUGACAACGGGCAGUUCUUAAGCAGAAAAUUUGUGUUAUCAGAACGAGAAGGUGCACUGAAGUACUUCAACAAAAAUGAUGCAAAAGAACCCAAAGCAAUUAUGAAGAUUGAACAUUUAAAUGCGACUUUCCAACCUUCAAAAAUAGGGAACCCACAUGGACUACAAAUCACUUACUUGAAGGACAACAGCACAAGGAAUAUCUUUGUCUAUCAUGAAGAUGGCAAGGAAACAGUGGAUUGGUUCAAUGCCAUCCGUGCUGCACGGUUCCAUUAUUUACAAGUGGCGUUCCCUGGAGCUAGUGAUGUUGAUCUGGUGCCAAAGCUUUCUAGGAACUACUUGAAGGAAGGUUACAUGGAAAAAACUGGGCCAAAGCAAACGGAAGGUUUCAAGAAGCGAUGGUUCACCAUGGACGACCGAAGGCUGAUGUAUUUCAAAGAUCCUCUGGAUGCCUUUGCUAGAGGGGAAGUAUUUAUUGGGAGCAAGGAAAACAGUUACAAGGUCCUGGAAGGACUCCCACCAUCCACCCAGGGAAAUCACUGGCAGUAUGGGAUAACCAUUGUGACCCCAGACAGAAAAUUUCUCUUUGCUUGUGAGACAGAAAGUGAUCAGCAAGAAUGGAUUACAGCUUUUCAGAAAGUCAUAAGCAGGCCAAUGCUGCCUCAGGAAUAUGCAGUGGAAGCCCAUUUCAAGCAUAAACCUUAGCUGGGACUGUCGGAACAGACCCAAGGAACGAGAUUAUGUUUACAACACAAGAUGGUUUUAUUUGAAAUGUUUAAAAAAAUAAUAAAAGAAAAUUAGAAAAAAGUCCUUCACUUAAUCCUGUUGGAAGCCAAGAAGUCAGCGGCAAAUGUCACACGGAAGCUGCUGAGCCAUAGCAAAACCAAACCUUGCACUUCUCUAGGUAGGCGCUGUGGGGCUCUUGUUUACGGCACUACCUAAUGCUCAUCCAUAGACUUCACUUCCAUAUGCCACCAUUUUGUGUAUCUCACUACAUUAGGUAAAGAAUUACCACAAAUACCUGAGCAUGUUGUCAACAUAGUAGAUUCUGAAUGAUGUGCACCAGGAUGCCCCUGGGUCUGUGCUAACCUGUAAUAAUAACACAACCCAGUCCAGAGUGGUCCAGAAUGCUUUGUGAAACAAAUUUGGCUGUAUUCUGUAAGUAGCAUUUUCACAGGGUAUUGAUGAUUGACUUGAAAACAUUAAUGGCACAUCCCAAAGAUACGGUGUGCUUGACAGUCUGCAAACAUGGUCAAUGGCUAGAGUAACUGAUGCAAAACAUCCUGUGGAAUAUGAAAAUGAGCAAUUUAGCCCUUGAUGAGAAGGGAAGAAAAAACGCUUCAUAUUGUAUCUCAUAUA